AUGAAACCUAUGCAUGUAUUAUCAGUGGCACAACAAAUAAAUAAAUUAGGACAAGCCAUUGAAAUAUUGAAUGCCGAAUUGCAAAAGCAAGUAUUAGCAAAUCAUGAAGAUUUAUUGUCACAGGCAACAUGGGUUGAGAAAUUAGAAGGUGUACUUUCAAUAAUGCAAUCACAUGUUCAGAGUCUUUUGUCAGCUGUAGAACGUUUACGUGGAAAAAUCAUUGAUCCAUUUAAUAGAAUUGAAACACAGACAAUUGUCUUAGCAAGGCUUCAUGAAACUUCUGAUUUGUUACGAAGAGUAGCCAGAAUGCAACAUUUAUCAAAACGUUUAUAUUCUCAAAUGACAAAUAAUGUGCAAGGGCCUGAUAUUAUAAAAGCUGCUAAUAGUCUUCAUGAACUUGAACAAUUAAUGAUUGAUACAGAUUUAAAUGGAUUAGAUGUUAUUGCCGAUGAUCAGCAAGCUGUAAAAGCCCAUAGAACAACAGUACAAAGAAUAGCAACCCAUACUUUGUCUCAAGGUUUACAAACAAUAGAUAGAACAAAAGUUAGUACAGCUGUACAAGUAUUUCAAAAUUUAGGAAUUGUAAAUGGAGCUGUAGAUAAUGUUAUAGAUUCUGCUUUAUUAGAAAUUGAAAAAAUUGCUACAGAAUCACUGGAUGUAACUUUAGCACCAAAUCAAGAUCUUGGAAAAAGAGCAGCACCUGGACGGGCUGCUAUUCCUUCCCUAGGAUCUUCUGGAAAUUUACGUACACGAAUUUGGGAAAAUCUUGAAAGACUUUUUCAAGAUACUCUCUAUACACAUUGUUUACAAAUUGAAUUAUUACAAAGAAUACUAUUAGAGCAUCAUACAAAAGGAUUGGAUGAAUUGUCACAGAAAUUUUGGGAUAAAGUAAAUUCUCUACUUUCAAAAGUAUUAAUUGAACGUGCACAAGGAUCUUCAUUCGUAAAACAAGCAUUAGAAGGCGAAUAUCCAAAAUUUUUGAGAAUAUUCUUAGAUUUAAGUAAACGAUUAAAGGAAAGAUCGCAAAGUAUUGGCAUUUACAACAUUAAUCAUAAUGUAUUGUUCCCAUUUGAGAAUGCAUAUUUGUCACGUUCAGUAUCACGUUUGUUAGAUCCAGUGCACACUAUGUUUUCUGGAGAAGGAUUACCCACACCAGAUGAAAUUGAUAGUCUCAUACGCACAGUAACAAAUGAAUUAAGUGUGUCAUUGGUUGAUGAUGGUCUUUCAACAGUAGUGGCCCGUAAUGUAGGAAAAGCUGUAAGACUUUUCUGUUUGAAAUGUGAACAGGGAUUACUUGUGAGUGGAGAAGCUAGUCAAGUAAUUGAUUCUCCUACCACUGUUCAACAGACAAACGUAUCCCUUGCAAACCUAUUAUAUUAUCUUUCUAAUCAAAUAAGUCGUGUAAUAGCCAACUUGUAUGGUUUACCAUCUGAAGGAAGUGCAGUCAUUUCUGUAGCUCUUAAGGAAAUAGAUGUUUUGACAAACAAUAUGUUAGCACCGUUAUUAGCAUCUAUUAAUGAUGCGAUUGAAAGCAUUAUUUUAACUAUGCACGAUGAUGCAGAAUUUCGAGAUCCAAGCAGUCCUAUAGGAAAAGAAAUUAACUGCUCACUUUAUAUGCGUGAAUUACAAGGAUUUAUUUUACGUUCUGUAAAUACAUUUCUUAUACCAUAUAAAAAUCAAGCAGUAGUUGCUGAAUGUUGUAAGUCUGUUGCUUCACGAUGCAUUCAACUGUUUGUAAGACACGCUGUCUUACUGAGACCAUUAACUGAUUUUGGAAGAGCAAAGCUUAUUGUUGAUUUUAAUCAAAUAGAAGUGGCAGUUGCUCCAUUAUGUAGAGGAGGACAAUUAGGAUCAUCAGAACAACAACAGUAUAGAACAUUACGGGCACUAAAAGCAUUGCUUCCACUUAGUCCUGAUGAAAUUGUUGAGAAAGUUUUAGAAGGGGAAAGAGAAUGUGGCAUACCUCAUUCCCUUGUCCUUUUAUAUUUAUUUUCUAGAGCACCACCCGAAUUAGUUUCACCGCAUCAGAGUGCAAGUUGGUCUGUAAGUCGAUUAUCUCAAUGGAUGGAUAAAAAUCCAAAUGAAAGAGAUAGAUUAACAUUUUGUAGCGGACCACUAGAACGUUAUCAGUUAACAAUCAGACAACAGAAUCUUCCAUCAUUCCACCCAUUAUUUCCAUUAAUGAAAAAAUUAGCAAAUUUA